CCGCUCUUCUAACGGAUAAAAGGAGAGGGAGGCUCAGAGGGACGCACUUGAUCUCUCCUGAUCUCCCCUGUAGCCUGCCUGAGCUUUCUCGGGAGGGGAAGAACAGAACCCAGCCCAGUAACCAUGUCGAGGUCUGUAAGUUUCAGUUCUCGCUCGGCUGCUCCCCCAGGGGGCUUUAGACAGGUCCGAGUCAGCACUGUCUCCUCGACCCGUGCCUUGGGCGGGGGUGCCGGCUUGGGAAGGGCAGGUGGCUUUGGCAGCUCCAGUCUCUAUAGCCUAGGCUCUGCCAACAAGAGGAUUUCGCUGGGCGCUGGAGGAGGCAGCUCCUACAGCGUCCACUCUGGAUAUGGGCUGGGCGCUGGGUUUGGCGCAGGAGCCGGUGGUGGGUUCGCACCUGCCGGCAUCCAAGAGGUGACCAUCAACCAGAGCCUCCUGACGCCCCUCAACGUGCAGAUCGACCCCACCCUCCAGAUGGUCCGUAAAGAGGAGAAGGAGCAGAUCAAGACCCUCAACAACAAAUUCGCCUCCUUCAUAGACAAGGUCCGCUUCCUGGAGCAGCAAAACAAAGUACUGGAGACCAAAUGGAGCCUCCUGCAGGACCAAAAGACCACCCGCAGCAACAUUGCUCCCAUGUUUGAGGCCUACAUCAACAACCUGCGGAGGCAGCUCGACGGGUGGCUGAAUGACAAAGGGCGCCUGGAGGGCGAGCUGAAGAACAUGCAGGAUCUUGUGGAGGAUUUCAGGAACAAGUACGAAGAUGAAAUCAACAAGCGCACGACAGCAGAGAAUGAGUUUGUCGUUCUCAAAAAGGAUGUCGACGCUUCCUACAUGAACAAGGUGGAGCUGGAGGCCAAGGUAGAUGCCUUGACCGAUGAGAUCAACUUCCUGAGGUCUCUCUACGAAGCAGAACUUCGUGAGCUGCAGGCACAGGUCUCUGACACCUCUGUGGUCCUCAGCAUGGACAACAGCCGAAACCUGGAUAUGGACAGCAUCAUCGCUGAGGUCAAAGCGCAGUACGAGGAAAUGGCCAACAAGAGCCGAAUGGAAGCUGAGUCCUGGUACCAAACCAAGUUUGAGACGCUGCAGGCCACUGCGGGGAAACACGGGGAUGAACUGCGCAACACCAAGACCGAGAUCACGGAGAUUAACCGCAUGAUCCACAGACUGCAGGCUGAAAUUGACAACGUGAAAAGCCAGCGUGCCAAGCUGGAGGCAGCCAUUGCUGAGGCCGAGGAACGUGGCGAGAGGGCCAUCAAAGACGCCAUGGCAAAACAGGAGGAGCUGGAGGCUGCCCUGAAUAAAGCCAAGCAGGACAUGGCCCGCCAGCUGCGGGAGUACCAAGAUCUGAUGAACGUCAAGCUGGCCCUGGAUAUCGAGAUCGCCACCUACAGAAAGCUGCUGGAGGGAGAAGAGAGCAGGUUGGCUGGGGACCACGUUGGCAAUGUCAGCAUCUCUGUGGUCAAUUCUAGUGCUGGAGGCGGAUACAGCAGCGCGAGUGGGUAUGGCUUUGGAGGAGGAACUGGCCUGGGAAGCGGAAUGGGCAGCGGGGGACUCUCCUUUUCCUCCGGAGGGAGCCCUGGUGGUAUGAAAGCGUACUCUCUGAGGACGACCUCUUUCAGAAGAAGAAGUGACAGGAACUAAGCUCCAAAAACCAAGCUCAUCACUGCUGGAAUAUGAGUACAAAAAUAAAUAAAUGGCAUAGAAAGACAAAGGUUUUAUUGUCUCCUGACAGCCAAACUGGUUGCAAAAUUGUGCAGUGAUGAAUGAAAUGCCAGUAAGAUACAUCACAGUGCAUGACCCCACCGCAGACAGCCCAGGGCUUGACUCUGCCCCAUUGAGCUUUGCCACCAAGAGCAGGAUCUAGGGUGAAAUUCACCCCUGUGCAGAGGGCAGGAUAAUGCCUACACGUGACUUAAGUCCUACUAUAGCCCUUUGUCUGGUUCUUUGCAUGAAGGUGAAUUUCACCCACCCAAAGGCAAAACCAUUUGAACAUCAAGUUUUUCUAAAUUUCUGCUGGGAUUUUUCAAAUGAGCCCAAGCGAAUAAGGUGCUGAACUCCCUCUGAAUAGGAUUUGGGCACCUAAACCCCCUAGGCUGUUUUGAAAACCCCAGCUCUUAGUUAAGAAUCCAAAAAUGUUUUGUUAAAAAAAGAAGUUGGCUUCUUUCUUUCUUUCUUUCUUUCUUUCUUUCUACAGAAAAAAAUGCAGACAGAUUUAAACUUGGCUUUUUAGAAUGCAGAAAUUCACGCACACACAGUGAAGCUUGAAGGGCAUAAAAUUGCCCAAAACUAAAUGUCCAAAAAAUUACUUUAAAUUUUGCAAUACAUUCUUCAGCCUUGGGCCUCUCUUCUGGCCACUCUUUUUUCAAUCUGGUAUGCUGGAUCAAAAAUAAAUAGCUUCCGUUUAUUUCCACCAUUCCAAGAUAAUACAUGGUGCCAUGGCCCAUAAGAGUUUACUUUGUUAUUUCAGUACAAACUGCAUUAACAAUCUUCUUUUAAAAGCGUGCAGAGGGUGGGAAUUAAUUUGUUUCACCACAAAAUGUAAGCAAUAUGGUUACUACAUUCUGUUCUCACUUACACCGGUGCAAAUCAGGAGUGACUCCAUAAAAGCCUCUGGAAUUGUAAAGACAUAAAAGUGAGGCAAGUGACAGGAGAACCAAGCCCAAAGAGUUUAUCUAUGGUAGAAAUAUUUAGGGACUCUUGAAGCUUGUAUUGUCAUUUAUAUGUGUGCAAAGUGCUGUCACUCAGACAGGUGGUGUUUGACACUCUGCAACUCCUUUGCUUAAUUGUAAAUGAUGACAUAAGUUGCAAACACUGGGAUCUUACUCCAUACACCUUUAAUAUCACAUGCAGCAGACAAUGGACCAGAUACACUUCUGGUGUAAAUCAGCAUAGCAUUGGCUUCAGUGGAGUUAUACACAUUUAUACCGGCUGAAAUUCUGGCCCAAGGAGGGCUUCAGAUUCCUCUCACACGCAAAGUGCUAGUCUGUUGACUUCAGCAGAGAUACGCUCGAUUUUCCUAAGUCUAACUGAAUUCAUUUUCAUCCAAGCACACAACCCAUCAGCUGGUAUAAAUCGAUGUCACUUUAUUAACUUCAGAGGAGGUGUGCUACUUACUGCAGCUGAGGAUCUGCCACUAAAAGUCUAGUUGUCGUCGCUUUCCGAUGCAGAUUUUUCCCACGCUCUUCCUCUUUUGUUACUCUGUAGUUUAUACAGCGAAUGCCUUGUCUUCCCAGUUCUUUUGUGGUUUUGCUACAACAUGGGUGACGUCAUUUGGCCCAGAGAGCUUUGUGGCUGCAGUGUAAGAAAGAAUGAAUAAAAAGCUUAUGGGUUGGGAAUUGUAAUGAAGAACAGAGACCUGCUUGACUCUCCCUGAUUGCCAUAAAAGAAGCCGGAGUGCGGCUAGAAAUUGCUCAGAUAUCUUUAGGUUACUAUCAGUGCUAUACUUAUUCUAUCUUUGGGUUCAGAUGCUUAAGAUAGUAAUAGGGCUGGUAUUGAUCUCAUUGACACCAAUACAAUACCACAACGCCUCCACCAAAGCAUUAGAAAGUAUUAAAAAACUGGCCCCGAGGAGUGAGAAUUGUUUCCUUGAUUCUGAGGUCUCUGCCAGAGCUAAGGAAGAUCAUGCUCUGUCCUUGUUUAAGAGGGGGGAUAUGAUAGACUAUAAAAUCAUGAAUGGUGCAGGAAAAGUGAGUAGGGGCGUGUUUUUUGCCCUUUCCCAUAAUA